GGAACAGAAAGAGUAAUAUUACCCAACACUACCCAUCUCACGAACUCGUAUAAAUUGGGCAAAACUCCAAUUUCUAGAAAAAUCGGGCACCAUUGAAAAGCUUUGAACCCAAACUACCGUCAUCGCCGGAAAACUUCGUUAAGUGUUUGAAAAAUGUUCAAGAAGGCCGUCGAAGCGAAGUCAUUGCAAAGAUUAUCAGGCGCUGAUAAGAAAAAGUUGCGAAGAAGCGUCAAAGAAAAGUUCUCCCGAGCUUCUGAUGCUGAUGUUGAUGUCCUUCUUCCUCCUAAGGGGGAGAUCACUUUGGCAAAGUUUCAAAAUCGAGUCCUUGUCUAUGGUGUAGAAGGUGGAUUUCCUAUGUUUUUUGAUGCUGAUGGAAGAGGUUCGGAGUUAUAUCCAACAGUUUAUGCUCUCUGGAAGGUCCCUGACCUCCUUCCUGCUUUCAUGCUAAAGGGGGGAGAGGUCUCUCGAUUUAUAAUUGGAGGGGCGGAUUUGAUGUUCCCUGGUAUUUGUAUACCACCAGAAGGCUUUCCAUCAUUUGUUGCUGGUGAGCCAUGGUCAGUAAAGGUUCCCGGCAAUCCUGCUCCUAUUGCGGUUGGCGCAACUACUAUGAGUAGUGCUGAAGCGCUGAAAGCUGGCCUACGUGGAAAGGCUUUAAGAAUAACACACUAUUAUCAUGAUUAUCUAUGGGAAUCAGUUGAAGGUCGUUUUGUGCCAAAUGCUGGUUUUUUUGAAGAUGCAGUCUUCCCUGAUCCUUCUUUCAUGGCUUCUCAUCUAUGUGAAGGCGAUGGUUCUGUUGAUAAUAAGAGUGACAAUGAAGAAGCAAUGGAUCCGGAUGUUGUGAAUAAUGUUUGCUCUGAACAUGAUCCUGCUUCAUCCUCUCACUUGGAUAAUAAUAAUGAUGAUAUUUCUGAACAAGUUGCUGAAGAGUUGGGUGGCUUGACGACGGUGGAGAAUGAUGCAGUGCAAAGUGAGAACCAGCAAUCCCUGUCGACAAAAGAUGUGGAUGUGCUGUUGGACAGGUGUCUACUGCAAGCUUUGCAUACGACAGUGAAGGAUAAGGAUCUUCCAAUGCCAGGAAGUACUCUAUGGGCAAAUCAUGUUUUACCAUGUAGACCAUCUGGCAUUACUCUUGAUAUCAAAAAGUCGUCUUUCAAGAAGUUGUCAAAAUGGUUGCAAUCUAAAGCGUCUGCUGGAGUGAUUACAGUAAAAGAGGAUAAACAUAAAAAGGAAGUGGUACUUUUUUCUGUCAAUCGGAACCAUGCAGAUUACAAAUCCUUCAAACCUGAAAAAAGGCAACCUGAUAAGGUUGAGGAAAGCAGUGAACAGGCUGCUGCUGACUCUCAAUCACAGAAAUUAUUGGAGAUAGAGGAGGUCUAUAAGCCAAGCAUUCAUGUCAAUGCUAUAUUUACUGCUGUUGGAGCUGAUACUGGAGCAAUUUUUACUGCAUCAGAGGCUGCUAAUGUUGCGUUUGCAUAUGUCGAGAAGGAGAAUCUCGUAAAGCCUACAAACAAAGCAAUGGUGAUAUUAGAUGCUACACUGUGUGAUGCUUUGUUCAAGGGAGCUAUUAAAAAAGGAACAGCGUACCCAACUGAAAUUCAUAAGAAGGAUUUAGUGACAACAUUUUUGAGUCGAAUGCAAGCCCAUCACAAAGUGACCAGAGGAGGUGACUCUGUGAUCAGGAAAGGUGCUGUUAAACCAAUACACAUCUUGACAGAGAGACGACAAGGGAACAAGAAAAUGACUAAGCUAUCUGGUUUUGAAAUUUUUCUGAUGGAUGCUGAAUCAUUGGCAUCAGAGCUGCAGAAAAAGUUUGCAUGCAGUACCACAGUGGCUGAAUUACCUGGUAAGAAAGGACAUGAAGUUCUGGUUCAGGGUGGUGUUAUUGAUCAUCUUGCAAAGCAUUUAAUGGAUCAAUAUGGUGUCCCGAAGAGAUACAUUGAAGUUCUUGAUAAAACCAGGAGGUGAUUGAGGUUGGAGAGGCCAUGGCCUGAAGAAGCCUAUUUUCUUCAAUAAGGAAGCAGUGUGAUUUCUUUUACGUGGGAUAGCUGUGUAUUCCAAAAUGUAUAUCAUCAUUGGAUAAAAACUCAAAAAAAUUUGUUAGGGAUUUGACAAAGUUGAGGUUGUUGGCAUCUUGUGUAUAUUGAUGAGAUAUUUCACUGAAAAAGUUUCUUAUCUUGUGAUCUUGAGGAAAAUUUUAGCAAAAAAUUGUAAGCUGGCACUUUUAAGAAACUCCACCUAGCUCUAAACUGAAGUAGUGAAGUAGUUGCAGUUCAUCUGCCAUGCCUAUUAUGCCUGGAAGUACUAUGCUCUUGUUUCGAGUUGAAUGAACAUUGCUUUUGCAA